GCGGAGCUGCUGGUUUAGCGCAACAAAGGAUCCGUCUCCGCUCGUCUCAGACACAUGUUCCACCGCUGGAGUAACGCUGCUGUCACCGGCCGAGGAGAGGACGGGUUCUUCAGAAACCCGAAACCGUGACGGGUGGAGUUUGUUCGGUGUGGCACCCACUUGGUCUCUCUGAAGACAUUUGUGGCAUGAAAAACAGAUCGCGCUCAUCUUUCAUUCAUCACCUCCUCCUUCAUCACCCUCCACCACUCUCCAGUUAAGGAACUCUCUCCGAGCUCCACCGCAUUGAUGAGGUAACGUCAAGCUUCAGCCAGCGCAGCACCCACCUGCUCAAACACCACAAUCCCCCUUCCUCCCCCUUCCUUCUGUCAGCCCUUCCUUUGUAGCCAUGGGCCAGAAGAUUUCUGGAGGAAUUAAGUCGGUAGACGGUCGCGGGGAAAGCGGUGGCUCUCCGUCCUACCGGCCCUUGGCUCAUCGCCGGCAGCACCCAGAGCUGAGGGGACAAGAUUUCUCCAAACCACCAAGGUUGGAUCUACUUCUGGACAUGCCAUGCUCUGGACUAGAGACUCAGAUACGUCACGCAUGGAACCCCGAUGACCGCUCGCUCAACAUUUUCAUCAAAGAUGAGGAUAAGUUGACAUUUCAUCGCCACCCGGUCGCUCAGAGCACAGACUGCAUCCGGGGGCGUGUUGGAUACACGAGGGGUCUCCAUGUGUGGAGGAUCCACUGGCCCACCCGGCAACGAGGCACCCAUGCUGUAGUUGGUGUGGCAACCUCAGACGCUGCUUUACAUUCUGUUGGGUACACAGCGCUGGUGGGGUCGGACUGUGAGUCCUGGGGCUGGGAUCUGGGACGCAACCGGCUCUACCAUGACAGUAAGAACCGGGGGCACAGCUCGCUGCCCUCUUACCCUUGUUUCCUGGAGCCGGAGGAAUCAUUCACUCUGCCGGACUCUUUGCUAGUGAUUCUGGACAUGGACGAAGGAACGCUGAGCUUCAUGUUUGAUGGACAGUAUCUAGGAGUGGCAUUUCGAGGGCUCAAAGGCAAGAAGUUGUAUCCCGUUGUCAGCGCUGUGUGGGGACAUUGUGAGAUAAGCAUGAAGUACAUCAACGGCUUGGAUCCCGAGCCUCUUCCUCUGAUGGACCUGUGUCGCCGUGCCGCCCGCCUGGCGUUGGGUCGGGAGCGGCUUCAGGAGAUCGAGAGCCUCCCUCUUCCUCAGUCUCUCAAAAAUUACCUCCAGUACCAGUGACUGACAGCAACAGGACCAACUGAACAACGCCACGAAUCAGACCACCAGGAAGUCGAAGGGUGGACUGAUGAAACACAUUUAUUUAAAAAAGAUGCAGACACGGAAGACGGAUGGAAGAAUGUCCACACUGAGAGCGCCAAAGCUCAACACCCGAUGGAUUUAUACGAGGAGGAAUGGACGGAAGGAUGGUGGAUGAACUGAUGGCGGAGGUCCGUCCUUCAUGUGGAGGACACGACAGCUCCAGAUUAUUUUGGAUAUUGAAGCUGCUCUUUCAUUAGUUUUGGAUUUUUGGAAAUAAAUGAUUGAUGAUGGGCUCCCCUCAGAGUGAGCCCAUCCUCUGGGAGACGGUGGUUAGAUGAACACCACCAUCUAGUGGUGAGAGUGAGAACUGCGGCGAGAAGGCACACUAAUCCUACCCUCGGAGGCCUUUCUGACGUACAGUCAGGGACAGUGUGUUUAAGUUGGAAACCACAGAGUGAGUCCACAGUCUCCACUGGCACAGGUGACAGCCCAGACGUCCGACAGCAUUUUAGCACAAAUGUCAUUAUUAUGUGACGACUCGGGGCCGAACCUAAAGCUCCCACUGCACACAGAGUAGAUGGAAACAUCAGGGGGAAUGAGCUCCUGGCUGCAUGCAGAGAUUUGGGGAUAGUUUAGCCUCUUUCAGACAUGGUAUAAAUAUAAUAUUAAGAAACUAAAGUACCAGACAGCAGAGUGGGACAGAGCAGUGGAGUGAAAAAGUAAUCAUGGGAAUCGAAGUGUAUCAGUGAUGGAUUUUAAAAUUCUUUAAGAGUUCUAAGUCUUAAUGUUUCUCACUCAUUAAUUGGAUCAUUUAUCAGUUUAUUAACAUGGCCUGUCCUCUACUGAAACAUCCAACACAGCAACAGUACAGAAGGACAGGAUGCUACAUUUGCUGCAUCAUGAAUAACACCUGAAACAUUAAGGAUCCCUUUUUGCCACAUACCACAAAGGAAAAGAAAAUAGUAUAGUCUGAUCUGACGUUACAUAAUUUUAACAAAAACUGCUUAACAACCUGGCAUCAGAUCUUAAAAUACUCCUCUGUAACUUCAAUUUAACAAACAAUCAAAGUUUAAAAAAAGAGGUUCAGUUGUUAUCUAUUGAGAGUUUGAUGUUCAGAAACUCACCUGAUCCACUGUAUCAAAGCUGGGUGCGUGAAGUUUAAUCAGAUUUGAUAGGGAAUUAUUUGAUUAAAGAAAACAACAACUGUCACAUUUGAGCACAAAUGCUACUUUAUUAUUCUUAUUGAUGGAUGGAGAUACUGUAUGUGGCAUCAACUGGUUCAACACAGAAAAGGAAAAACACAUUUCUAAUGGGAACCAUAAAUGUCUCGUAGGAAGAAGUUUCACUUUUAAUAUGCACAGUUUGUGCUGCUGCCGCCUUUAUGUGACUGUGACGAUAUUCAGUUCAGACUUGCACUGUGUAACACUGUGGGUGCAGCUUAUUAAGACUGUCACCACUACAUGUCUGAAAGGGGCACGAGUGUGUGUGUGGUAGCUGUGGGAGCUGUGGGUCAAGGUGUGCCGCUGUGGAACCAGUGCUAACAUGCUGUUGGCAGUCACAGGAGCCGUCCUCCCUGCUGAUGUUUGUGGCGCCCUGCUGUAGCUCGCUGGUACCAGACAGUGUCUGUCUACUGUUCACACAACUGUCUUAAUGACCACAAACAAACAAACAGAGAAACACACAAACAAACAAACAAACAAACUAAGCAGAUCUAGACUCUGGAUCUAAGAUAAAAGGCUUGCGCAGGACACAGCAUAUGCAGUUGACACACACCAACACACACACACACACACACACACCGUACAAACACAAACACAUUUUCUUUCCUAAAAAAGCUUGAGUCACUUUUUUUUACUUCUGAGUUUGUAUCCUACAUUAUUAUUAUCAUUAUUAUUAUUAUUAUUAUUAAUAAUUAAUAUUAUUAAUGUUAUUUUGAGUGUGGAGUCUGAUUCUGAUGGUGAAUGAUGAUGAUGGUGAUGUUUACUUAUCACAAACUAAUUCUAUGUUUUUAAAACUGAUCAGUGAUGGUUACAUUCAGGUAAAUGUAAUACAAAGAUGCUAGUGAUGAAGGGAGAGAGAAAUCAGAACUAGUUGAUUCAAUGCUGCUUUUAUUAUUAUUUUUUUAAGACUAUUAUAAUUAUUAUUGUUAUUAUUUGUGAUGGCGGUGGUCCCACCUCUUGUCUCCAUCAGUUAGGAUGGGAAAGAAGGACCAUUUCAGAGAAGUUGUAGAAUGUAUGGACAGACGGAGCUGUGGAGACGUCAGCUGAUAUGAAAUGUGAAUAAAAA